UACCCCGGACACGCCAACACAGCUGCUCCUCGCGCGCGACAACAUGGUUUGUCGGACCACGACGGCAUAAUCCAACACCGUUCUCAUAUAUAACACUCAGUCGCGAUCCCGGAAAUCCCCAGCAACAUCUGUCUCGGUCCCGCUGAGCCAGUGCUUGACUUGACGCCCGGUCGGGUUCUUCCUACCACCGCAACCCCGCCUACCCACGAUGCCAAUUGCCAACAAGGGCAAAGGAAAAGGCCGCGAGACGAAGCCAUCGCGCAGUCGCAACACGACCCCGAGUUCGGGUCUUAGCGCAACAACGGCUCUCUCGUCGGUAUCUGGCUACCUGGACAGUGAUGUGUCGAAAGUGUUCGUCCCCGCGAACCCCCAGUAUUCAGAGAUCUUGGAGAAGUUAGGGAACGGAGGCACAAUUCCAGACUCCAAAUCGUUGGAAUCCCUAAUCGAGCACCUCAAGACGCUGAGUGAACUGGCAGAGGCCCGUGGUGAGGCAUGCAACGCCGGCAUGCGCGAACUUUCUCAGCGCCGGAAGGAGGUGUUGGAGGAUCAGAGAGAACAGGAACAACUUGAGGCGGAGGAACGACUGAAGAUGAAAUGGGAAGCGGAGGACGAAGAGGAUGGAAGCCGUGCCUCAAAGGGUGGCAAGCUGAAGAAGCGUAAAGAGCGAGUUUCCAAGGAUGAGCGCCCGCCGGCUCAUGGAGCCCACGAGCUCACCAAGCAGGAUGGCAGCGAGUUGAAAGUCGAAGGUGACCGCAAGCGGAGUCGCGAGGCUGGUUCACCAUCAUCAAAACGGUCGAGGAAUCUCGCGUCUGGCAGUACAUCUUCUUUCUCACCUCCGUCGUUGGCGUCACCGCCGCCGACCACCGCUGUCAAUGAGCCGGUUGCACCAGAAUCUCCUGGGUCGGAUGCGAGCUCGGACUCGCACCAACCGGAGCCAGCACCUGCGGUUCCUCAGUUCCAAGUCUUCGGGCCGGACCCGUUGAAAUUCGAUGACCCGACCAUAUAUCAUAUUCGUGAUGUGACGCCUGGGAUGAGCGAUGAAGAAAAGAAAGAAAUCUACUGCGUGGCUCGGUUUCCCCAAAGUGACCUUAGCCACCUGAUGGCGGGCACUCCACCAGACAAGGACUUCAGUAACGCGAAACCUUCGAAUCAGGUCAGCGCGAACACGUUCGCUACAUAUAUCGAACCCUAUGUCCGGCCUCUAACAGAGGAGGAUAUUGCUUUCUUAAAGGAAAAGGGAGAUCGUACUACCCCGUUCGUGAUGCCGCGACGGGGAAAGAAGCACUAUACAGAAGUGUGGGCCGAGGAAGACGGGGCGCUUAGCGUGGACGUCUCGAAUCCUGACCGCGAUCGCCUUCCUUUGAAUCAGGGACGGGGGAAUAUCGAGCAGGUCACCGACGAUACCUUGGAAACGGACAAAGUCUCUGUUGCACCUUUGGUCAGUCGUCUCUACUCUCUUCUCCGUUACGAGCACCGCGCUCCUCCAGAUGAGAACGCCAACGGAGCCGCCAACGGGGAGACUUCGACAAAUGGCGUCCUCAACGGCGAUUCCGCAAUGGAUAUUGACCACCCUCCCGGUGAGCCUGAAACCAAGCCCAUGCCUUCGGCGACAUCCUUCCCCGAUGCGUCUCCUAGCGGUUUCAAGGUGCCAGCAGCAAAGCUUGAGCAUGCGCAGCUGGACGAGCGCUUAAAGGCAGAACUCCGCUACGUUGGUUUUCUUGGCCCGGACGACAAUCCAGACUAUGACGCCCACUACGAUGAUGACAUCGCACAGCGCCUGCGUCUCUUGCAAAGUGAGCUGAAGAAGCAGAUGAUCAUCAACGGCGCUCGCAAGAGCAGACUCCUUGACAUUGCCCGCGAGCGGAUGGCAUACCAGGAGUACAGCACUAUCCACGAUGACCUCGACUCUCAGGUACAACAGGCCUACUUGAAGCGUACCCGUACGCUGGGGAAGAGCAAGAAGGGAUCACAAGCAAAACAUCGACCCGGUGGAGCUGGCGGUGGAAGUCAUAUUGUCAGCGCAGCUGGCGUCGGUCGUCCAGGCAUCGGCGAUGUCGCGAGGACUCUCAUGGACCGCCGCAAGCGCUGGCGCGACUGCAUCGGUCCUGUUUUCAAGGACAGCAAAACGACUGUUCCGAGCAAGGACGAAACCGUCUUCGACCCCGCAGUCAUGGCGGAACUCGAAAAGGCCGAGCUGGAAGGUUGGGACGAGGAGCAGGAGUAAAACUGCCCCUAACAUACGGCCUGUAGUCUGUAUAUACCUGUGACAUCUUUUUUGAAACAUCUGCAUUAUAAGGGUUUAAUCGGUUCUUUAUCAAUGCUGCAGAUAAUGCAUUCUGCCGGAAAGUUGUGGGUUGGGUUCCCGGCAUGAUCAUGGUUUACGGGCUGGCGUCACAGGGUGGUUUUUUUACCGUGGGGAAACAGGCUUUGCUUUGAUGAUAUUAAAUU